AUGGAACAAGUUACAGAAAGCGUGAAAAGAGGGGCCGAGGAGCUCGAGGCUACUAAUAAAAGAGCCCAACCACCAAAAACAUUCAAAGUAGUUCAGGAAUCGGAUGUGGGAAUCACCCAGUACAUCAACGAGUCCUACAAGAACGGAGGAGGAUUUUUCGGCACUAUCAAGCAGAGAUACUCUGAUUUCCAGGUCAACGAAAUUGACCUCAAGGGAAAUGUGGUCCAUUUAGUCGACCAAGGCAUUGAUUUGGGUUUGUCCAAGAAAGAGAAGAGAUUCGAGCAGAGAAGAGCAGACAGAGUUGAUCUUCAAGGUAAAACUCCAGAAGAAGUGGAAAAAAUUAAGGAAGAGAAGGCUGAAAGCGAGCAAAAUGCGCUUACGGAGGGUGAAAAUCAGCCCAAGUACGAGCUAUCUGACGAGAAUAGAAGUCGUCUCUUGGAAUUGAUCACACCAGAGGAACUCCAGCAGAUCGAAGACCUCUUCGGAAACGGUGGUAAUAUGGAGACAAAGUCUUCUUUUGCAGAAAAAGAGAAGAGAACCCAGUUGCAUCAAUUGCUCAGAAUGGCCUUCCAGGGGAAAUUGGAAAGUAUCACCUCACCCGAAAACACUUUCAAAAUUGCAUUAUCGAAAGGCACUGGCCAACUGAGAAGAAAUAACAACAUCAAUCACGUUGACGAGAAUGGUGUGGUCAACUAUGGCUUGGGUGCAUUUAAGAACUACUUGCAUUUCACUGUCUAUAAGGAAAAUAGAGAAACUAUGGAGGUUGCAUCCACAAUUACCAAAUUCUUGAGAAUUCCAAACAAGAGCGUCAAGUAUGCUGGAACCAAAGACCGUCGUGGAGUUACCUGUCAGAAAUUCUCGAUUCACAAGGGAAAAGUUGCACGUGUUUCAUCCUUGAACAAGGGCUUGAAAGGUGCUGUUCUUGGGGGAUUUUCUUAUGAGGACAGAUCUUUGGAUUUGGGAGACCUUCAAGGUAAUGAGUUUACCAUUGCUAUCAGAGAUGUUAACCCAUACGAUCAAGAAGAGGACAUCCAAAAAAUUGUCAAGACAUCUUUUGACUCGCUUAAGGAAAAAGGUUACAUCAACUACUUUGGAUUGCAAAGAUUCGGUACUUUUUCCAUCUCCACUCACGUUUUGGGCAUAAUUCUUUUGAAAGACGACUGGAGAGGAGCUGUAGAGCUCAUCUUGGCGGAACAAGAGAGAGUUGUUCCAGACUCUGUGGAAUCCCGAAGAGUCUGGGCUGAGACUGGAGAUGCUGCAGCUGCCGCUAAGUUGAUGCCUCGAAGAUGUUCCGCUGAACACUCAGUGUUGACUGCUUUGGCAAAAGAAAAGAAGGGGGAAGAUGGAUAUGCCAAGCAGGCUUACUUUAAAGCUAUUAUGCAAAUUCCUCGUAACUUGAGACUUAUCUACGUCCAUGCAUACCAAUCGUAUGUUUGGAAUCUUGUUGCAUCCAAGAGAAUUGAACUUUUUGGCUUGGAGAUUCAGGAGGGUGAUUUGGUUAUGAUCGAAGAAAAGUCUGCCGACAGUAAAAUUGUAACUGAAAUCGUUGACGGUGAAGAUUUCGCGGAAGAUGUUGCAGGGACAACCACGGAUAAGGUUAGACCAUUAACCAAGGAGGAUAUUUCCUCUGGUAAAUACACCAUCUACGACGUGGUCUUGCCAUCUCCAGGUUAUGACGUCGUCUACCCAACAAAUUCACAGCUCAUGGAGGUUUACGAGAAUGCUAUGGCCAAAGAUGGCCUUGAUCCUCGUAACAUGGGUAGAAGAGUUAAGGAAUUCUCCUUGUCUGGCUCUUACCGUCCUCUUAUGGGUAGAGCAACUGAUCUUUCGUUCCAGAUCGUCAAAUACCAGGAGCCAACAGAUGCGUUGAUCCGUACAGAUUUGGAAAUCAUCAAAGAAAAAGAAGCUACCGGCACUGAAUUGGCUAGAAUUGUUGAGAAUGACUCACCAGAAGCGCAGCGUAUGGCUGUUAUUUUGAAGAUGAAGUUGGGUGUGAGUAGUUAUGCCACAAUGGCCUUGAGAGAGUUCAUGAAGGCAGACACGAGCAGAUUGAGUGCAAACUUUGAUGUCAAAGCGUAA